AUGGCCACUUUUUCUGGAUCACCGAGACCGCUGAUGGGAAGAUAUACCUUGCUUCCCUCUGCGUCGUCUUGGGAAACUGUUUCAGAAGAGGCUGAGGGCAGUUUAGGAAUGACAGAAGGUAUUCUUUGUUUAUUGUUAUAAAUGAUGUCAUGUUUCAUAUAAAAAAGUAAGCGGAAGGCGCACGCGAAUGUUCCGUAACCGCAUUGUAGCAUUCUAGUAUUAGAAUGACACAGCAAACCUGCAGUCUUAUUAAAAUCGUAACUUAGGUAAGGAAUUACGUUUUUUCUUUAAAUAAUAAAUACAAGUUGUUUAUCAGCUCGAGUGGAGAUUAUGUUCAGCUCGCUUUUAUUAAUUUCACUUUAGCAAGGUUUUAUACUGCAGCAAACAAAUUCUGUUUCAUUAGUAUGCAAAUUGAUACAUUUUUUAGUUACAGAACGAGCUUUGUGUCUAACACUGAGCCACCGAUAUUUGUGCAUUUCAUUUAUUUAGUUAAAAUAUUCAAAAAGUUAUUGUCUUUAAAUUUAAAAAAUUGCUCUGAGAAAUUUAUAUAGCAGUUUCACUUUUCACUUGAAACACUUUUAGGAUGCAAAUAUGAACUUGAAACACUUACAUACCUCUUUGCACUCUCUUAAUCAGCUUGCAAUCGUCAUAAUCGCAUGAAACUUAGUGAAAUCCCCCACAGUGCUGGUGUACAUGUAUGCAAUUUACGCAUCAAACACAUGCAAAUUAUAAUCCUGGAUCAUGUUGUUCAAAGGUCGGAUAAUUUGCUUUUCACUAGUUAAUCUCUACCUGGUGGAAAGCCCAGUACAUUUUGCUACCAUUUAUUGACUGGAUAGUGAUUUAUCCUUGGGAGAGCAUUAUCCUUCUUUUAUGAGGCCUGAUAAUCAUUGCAUCAACAUAUUUUGAGAACAUUUUUGUCAGAAGUCUGGCUCCACCCCUUCACCAGAACCCCAGAGCUUAUGCUGGUCUUCAGCACAUGACAUUUUACCAUGGAGUAGUUUGGUGGGAUGCCAUUUUAUUUCAAGUAAACCCUCCCCCCAUCUCCCUCUGCAUUGGUUCUGGUUCCUUGACAAUUCACCUGAACCCAUUUACUUAGUCCUGGGUAGAAAGUGCCACUUUUAUAAUUAAAUAUCUUUCCCAAAAAAAGAAAAAAACCCAUUUGGCUCAGCCUUCAACAUAUACCUUCCAAGUCAGGAUCCAUUGUACUAACCUAUACACCACAGCAGCUCCUCCCUGCCCCUAUUUGAUUAAUUAAUGGUAUUAUUAAAAUCAGUUGUUUACUAAUGAAGUCAUCAAUUGGUCAAAUAUUAAAGCUAUCUAUUGAUUAAAUACUCGUACGCAGUGAAUACUAUACUUGGUACUAUAUCUGCAUAAUGUUUUUCUCCCCUUCUUCCAUUCUUGUAAAAGAAAGUAUAAUUAAUUAUUAAAUCAUGAGCAAGGGAUGGCUAUUGUAAGGUGGUUGUUGAUGAUGAAACCUGAGUUUACUAUCUUGUAAUAGGAAUUGAGAUAUAACACCAGUUAUCAAAUCAUUCUAAUAAAAAAAUAUAAUUCUAACAGACAAUAAUACAACAAGACAAGCUUAUGUUUUUAUUUUUUAUUUUUAAUUAUUUACAACCACACAAUUCAGCUAUUAACCUUAUAUACUACAUCAUCAUCAUGGAAAAGAUAGCGAGUAGCUUAUAACCAAUCAAAUUGCAAUAUUUGUUAAGGAGCGCUUCAGCAUGGGAGGUUUUUACUUUUUGUGUGUCUAAAGCAAUCAUUUGUCAUGCUAAUUGUGUAAAUGCUAUUGGGAAGUGAUUUGAACAGGGAAGUGCAAUAUUGAAAAUUCAGAUGCACCUGGCUUGGAUUCAAUUACCAUCAUCAGUUAGUGAAAACUUCUAGUAAUCUCAUUAAUGCGAUGGAAUUGAAUACUUGUGAGAAAAAUCCUAUUUGAAAAAACCUGCUCGUUCAAGCACUUCCAUGGAUGCUGAAUAAACAAGUGUUGCUUACGGGUUGAGGCUACUGAUAGCUAUUUAUUGGAGAGCUUGCUCAUUAGCUGAAUUAAAGUAACAGAAAAUUAAGGCAUUUUUCUUGUGUAAUAAUUGAGGUUACUCUCUGAUGCUAUCCAAUCCAUUGAGAAAUAUUGGUGAAGAACAAAGUUCACAGAAGUAUAUGUCUGUGACAGCAGAAGGUAAUGUAUUAUUCCUUGUCAUAAGUGGUAAUAUGGAUUUAUCCUUACCACUCUAUAAAUUUUUUUCAUUUACAGCCCUGUAAUUAAUGUGCACAUAAUAUUUUAUAAUGCCUAGCAGCCAGAGAGUGAUAAUAACCUAGUGUCCUGCUCCUAAUGAAUAUUUCUCAAAAAUAAAGAGGUUAUUAUUUAUUAUAAAUGAAAUACUUGUAAUAACUAAUGAAAGUACAAGAGGAUGAUUAAAAGUAAUUAUGAUAGAAUACUAAACUGCUCUUAAUUUUGGUUAAGAAUAUAUGAAAGUCAUAUAUUUAUUCAUCACUUCACAGGUUUAUUUGGAACCAACAUCAUGGACUCAAAUCCCGUACAGGCCUGAAUUUUUUCAGGCCUUAUUUUUACUACUGCCCAAGUAGUGCACAUUACUGCACUUAAUUUUAAUAGAUAACUGUCCCAAUCUGAUAGCAAUGUUUGAAUUGGUGAAUCUUCACUCAAGAUACCCUUGCACUAGGUCUUAUUUCAAUCUGUAAAAUGAAUUAUUUUUUUUCUUUGAUUUGCUUAUUGGUUUUCAGAGCCAGAGCACAGAAAAAAAUUGUCAACUUUUUUUGGUGUUGUGGUACCAGUCACCCUAUCCAUGUUUUCAGUAAUUUUAUUUUUGCGUCUUGGCUUUGUUGUUGGUCAGGUAUGUGAAGUUUCUCCCUUUUUUUCUUUUUAAUAAGCAGAUAGAGUUAAUGUACAGUUAAUAAGAUCCCAAUUUCUUACAGUUCUUAUUUAAGGUUGUCAGUAAUUAGAGAAUUCUUAGAAACAGUUUGAGAGUGAUAUUAACAAAAGAAGAACAAAGCAUUGUCAUUACCUCUGAUUCUAGAAAUGAGACUUUCUUCUCCAAAGCCUCACCCUAACAUCGCUACACAUAUUUUCCAUACAAUGUUCUAAACAUUUCAUAAGGUACUGACAAGAAGGAUAUUAGCUGGUGAUCAUUUCCCUUAUUCUCAUGACCUUAAUGUGUGAUUCAGGGGUAUAUUGUAAGGAGAAAUUAGAUGCUUGUCACUCUUUGGGUUCAAAGGCCAGGUUAAUGCCUACUCUUUCAUCACUGAAUAUGGUCGAUUAAAUAAGGAAAAAAUGUGUUUUGAAUAACCCUUUAACUCCCAGAUCAAAUUUGUCAUUCUCUUUACUGUCAACCAUACAAUUCUUAUAAUGUUAGGUCAGAGAAUUUAGUAUUGGAUCAACUAAUUAUCCCCUAACUGAUAUUUUUCUUUAUUCUUAUCACUUGUCUGGUUGAUACUGUAAUGAUAUUGUAAGGAGAAAUUCUGUCUUGGUCACUCAUGGGAGUUAAUAAAGGGAUAAUGAUUUUUGUUGUUUUCAGGCUGGCUUAGUAUUGUCCAUUGGCAUGUUCGUAAUUGCUUACUUUGUAGUAGGCUUAACAAUACUGUCCAUAUCAGCUAUUGCCACAAAUGGUGCAGUCAAGGAGGGUGGAGCCUACUGUAUCCUGUUUUAAAUGUAGAGCUAGAUUUUUUUCCAAGAUUUAAGAAUAAUAGGAAUUGUUACGGGUAAUUCCAAUGCAGUUUGGCAAGAGGUAAUAUACUGUGAGUUCCUCAACUAGCAACAUAGUACCUUCAGCCUUGAACUCCCAAGAUCUGAUUGUUAAUUCUACCCUCUAGCUGACAUACAUUUCCUUGCAAAUUAGUUACAAGAAUUUGGUAUCAGAUCAAGAUAACAACUUCAACCUGAUGAGUUGGAGUUUUCUUAUUACCUGUUUGCUGGAUAAUGUAGAGAUAUAAUAGGAAGAAGUUACAUGUUAAUCACUUCUGGGAGUGAAAGACUUUGUCAGGGCUUUAGGUGAAGCCAGGCCUUCUGAUUUGUUCCUCCUACUUAUUUUAAAAAUAUUCCUGUUACCAGGAUGAUGGUAUUAAUAAUUAGCUGCCAAGGUCCUAAAAUUUGGAACUCUUUUCUUGUUUCAAUCACUUGUUCAUCAAGUCUUAGUGUUAAAAGAAAAUACAAAUUUUUACUUAUUAGUAAUCACUGAUUUGGCCAAGCCACACAUCUGCAGCACUUAUCCUCUUCUGAUUAUAUUUUGUUGUAAGUGAGGUGGCUUCUCCCUUAAAUCCAGUGGUUUCUUGAGGUGUCGUUGUGUUUUUAUCAUAUUACUGUAAUUAGUUUUUUUGUAUUGUUUAGAAGGCAAAUGAAGAAUGAUGAUGAUGGUCAUGAUUCUUAGGACAUGUAUCAAACAUCACACAUUUUGGCUGUGGUGUACGUCAAAUGUUUCAUUAAUUAUUACAUAGAAUGUCAUGUAGCUUUUUUUAACUCAAAUCAGACAUGAUUAGUCGUACAUUAGGUCCAGAAUUUGGGGGAUCAAUAGGAGUUAUUUUUUACUUCGCUAAUAUCUUUGCCUCGGCACUCUAUCUCCUGGGUGAGUAUACAAUCAGUUUUACAAUACAGUCAGUUUUACAAUCACAGAGCAGCUGACAAAGUUUUGCAGCUGUUUUAGCUUGUGAAUGAAUUUUUGCAAGAAGAAUCUUUUUUGUCUUGAAUGAAUAUUUAUAAUUGUUCUAAAUGUCUCAGAGGAUGGCAGAGAUUGAUGUGGAGAGCAGUUUGCAAUUAAAUGUAUUCAAUGUGACUUUAUCUAAAGCCAAUAUCACAAUACUUUUGCCACAGUAAUGUGGAUUACAAUCAGGAACUUUCUUUCAACAGGUUUUGUAGAAGCCUUGCUGAACAAUUUUCAGGAAUCAUCUCCAAACAGUAAGUACUAUGUGACAUACAACUGGUUUUUAGGCAGUUAGUCUAAUUUUCCUCUAUGUGGCUUAUAAUUUUAUCAAUAUGUUAUUGAAUAAAACCAAUAUUGAUUAUAAUUUAGGUCAUUACAAGUUGUUUAAAAGUGUCUGUCUAUUGAAAUAUUCUUUUACCAUUUGUUGAUUUAGUUUUCCGUUCAGGGACAUGGUAUUCAUUUUUGUAUGCGUCAAUAGUCCUGUUCUUUUGCCUAAUAGUUUGCCUGAUUGGUUCAGGUAAGACAAAAAUAUUAGUGGUUUAUUCCCUUACUUUAUGAUAUUUUAUUAUGUUUUAAGAGCGUCAUUUAUCAUUUCCUUCGUUCCCUUGCCCUCCCUUCUUAUUUUUCUCCUUCUGUUCUUUCCUCUUUCCCUCUCCCCUUGCUUCUCCCUCCCUUUCUUUUUUCCUUCCCACAUCCAUCCCACUUUUUUCGUCCAUCCCUCCCUCCCUUCCUACCUUGUUCUUUUUUUCUCUCCCUUCCCUCCACUUUCCUUUCCCUUUCCCUACCUCUUUUUUUCCUCCCCUCCUCUCCUUUGCUAACAUUUCUCUUCUCAAUUUCUUCCUACAUUCCUCCCUCUCUCCCUCCUUCACUUUCUCUUCCUUCUUCCUUCCUCUUUCUGUUUUUCCCUCCCUUCCCUUCCCUUAUCCCUUCCAUCACCCCUUCUCCCUCCAUCCGCUCCCCCUUUUUCCUUGCCAUCACUCUGUCUUCCCAUUUUCUCCCUCCAUCCCUCCCUUCUUCCUUUCAUUUUUCAUUCCCUCCCUUGCUCCUUUCCCCAUCCCCUUCACCUCUUUCCCUCCCUUCCCUCUUCUCCUUCCUUUCCUCCUUCAUCCUUUUAUUCCUAUCUCCCUUCCACUACCUCCAUCCUUUUGCAUCCAUCCCUUCCUUUCCACUCUUUCCUUUCAUCCCCUUUUCCUUCUCCCCCUCCUCCUCCUUGCUCUGCUUCCUCCUGUCCCCCCCUUUUUUUUUUUUUUUUUUUACUUAUUAGGCACUGUUGCAGUAAUGAUCUAUUUGUAAUUCAUUUUGCAGGAAUGUUUGCAAAGACAUCAUUUAUCAUCUUCCUAGCUGUUAUGGUUGCCAUUUCAUCUUCAAUUGCAAGUUAUUUUCAACAUUCUGUUCAUGCAUUAUGUAUUGAAGAAUUAAUUAGAAUUGAACUAGUUUUCUUUUAAUGUUCAGCUAUGUGAAGUGAGGGAAUUGUUGAUCAGAGCCAAAAAACUGUGCUAACAAUGCAGCAUGACAGAACUUUUCCUGAUGUUGUACUAAGAAUUGACAAGCUGCUUUGCAAACAAAACUAUGAACAGUUUGAUAUAUAUUAUUAUGCACUUUGACUGUAUUCGCCAAGGUGACAGCAUCUCAAAGCAUAAAGCAUUAAGAGUUUGAUGUUUAAUUUUUUAAAUUUUAGAAAUUAUGAAAACACAGUACAUCAAUUGCAAUGCCAUGUAAACUAACAGGAAUUAUAUACUUUCUUUUUAAUUAUCAAGCAGCAUCUUAUCGUCAUGUUUAUUGUUAAUCCUAGGUUAGUUUUCUCAUUGUCAAGCACAAAGAUGGCAUAUUACCAGGAGUACAUUCAGGGCAUAGCCCUCUCAAGGUAGUUUUCAUUUGGCAACCAAUGCCAUGUUCUGUAUUGAUACUGUCAGCUAAAUACAUGAAACAACAAAAUGGAAAAUUCCCUUUGUGUCAGUUGCCAACUAGUAGAAGAGUGUGGAAUAUUUAGCCUACAUGGACUUAUGCAAGUGUCCAAUUUCAGACACAGUUGUCCAAUUUUGAACACCAAUGAGCACUUUUGAAUAUUAGUGCCUGACUUUGAAGAACAGUGUCCUAUUAUGGACAGUAGUGUCCCAUUUUAGACAGUUAGUGUAAUGACUAAAAGUUUGAUAGAGGUAAGGGUUUCCAUACCUUCUGGUUGAGCUCAUCAUCAGUGAAAAGAAAUCUUCUAAUGAACAGCCAUGUGUGAACCACAUGUAACUUUGUUUACUUAGCCUAAAACCUAAAAGUUCAUAAUUACAGAGUUUUGUACUGACAUGAUAGCUGUAUUCAAAACAAGUCAUAGAACCAUAUAUUAAGGUAUGGCUAUGGAUGGUUUAAACAUGGGUUAAGAGCAUUGCUCUUUCCUUCACUAUCACGAAAGUAGCAAAAAAGACAUGAUUAUUUAAUGUCAUACAACUUCUUUUUCAGUGUAUGAAAUUUAACAUAGUCAUUAAUUUUUGGAAAAAAGAUAGCAAGUUUUUUUUAACUCUAUCUGUUUAUUUUACAGAAUGUUACAUACAGAUACUCAGGUUGGAAUUCUACAACUUUACACAAAAAUCUUUGGGUAAGGUUAUGCUCAGGAAUAUAAAGCAGGAUUGUAUGUUUAUGCAAUAUUCCUUUUCUCAAUAUCAAUUUUGAUGAAAAGUAUAAUAUUUUAAUCCUAAAAUAACACAAAUUGAGGAGGCUAAGUUUCCAAGAAAAGGAGUGGAAGUAGGAAGGAGAUAAGAAAGGAGGUAGUGAUGAAGAGGGAAAGGAAGGAAGGGAUGGAGAGGAAGGGGAGGAAGAAGGGAGGAAAGGGGGGAUAGAUGGAAGGAGGGAGAGGUGAGUGAGGCAGGGAGAGAGGGAGUAAGAGAGGAAGGGAAAGAGGAAGGAGGGAGGGUCAAGGAAGAGAGAGGGAGAGCAGGAAUGAUAGAGGAAGAAAGAAAGGAGGUAGAAAGGGAGGGAAAAGGGAAAUAUGUCAGAGAAGGAGACAGGCAAUAAGGAAGGGGAGAGGGAGGAGGGAGGGAGAGAGGGCAUAUGGGAGGUGGAAUGGAAGGAGGUAGAAUAGAAGGGGGUGGGAAGGAGGCAGAGAGGGAGUAAAGCAGGGAGAGAGGGAGGAAGGAGAUAGGGUGGAAAGAGAGAUGAAAAGGAACAUUUGAGGGAGGGAGAGGAAAAUGGUAAGGAAGGGGUCACUAGGAGGAAGAGAGGGAAAGAGAGAUGAGAGAUGCAAUUUGGAGGGCAAGAGGUAUACUAAUCUAUGGUUGACUGUGUAUAUCAUACUGUUUCAACUUUCUCCAGCAAUUAUUUUGCAGUGAUUGAUUAGAAAUGCUCAAUGGUUUUGCCUCAGAGAAAAGCUUUGCACUUACUUUUCAUAUGGUUAAGGAAAAAAACUUUAAUGAUUCAAAGAACAAGUUACCGUAGGUUAAGUUUUGUUUCCAUGGCAACAUCUGGUAUUGUUUACAUGUACAUGCGGGUUCAAUGCAGAAAGAGGAUGAGAAAAGCAGCAGUUAUCAUUUGGAGUCUGUUUUCACGAUUUAAAAUCAAAUUCCCUCAAUUAAUUUGCAUUGGAAUUUGUGGCACUUGGAUAGGAUAAUUUUGAUCAUAUAAAUAAGUUAGAGGGUCAAUGAACUCCUAAUAUUGGUAAUUUCUUUCUUGCAGCCUAACUUCACUAAAGACUAUACAACUGGGGAACCUCAGACUUCUCUGACGGUGUUUGGAGUUCUCUUCAAUGGGGUUACUGGAGUCAUGGGUAAAUAAUUCACUAAGCAUUUUUCAGACAGAUUGUUCUGUACACAUAAAUAUCUAUCAAUUUAUUUCCUGUGGCUCAAAUUUCACACCCUUUAGAUUGAAAACCUAGUAAGAUCUCAAAUCAGUUUUUCACUUGCCAACCAACUUUUUUGCACAUGGGAGAAGUUCUUUAAUAAAUCAAAUUGAAGACAUAUACAAGGUGGUAUAUAUGCAGGGAAAGUAAUUGUGCAAGCUCGUGCUCAUUAAGAAGCCCAUCACAACAGUGGGCAAAAAAUGCCAGGUUUUCCUAGUGCUAUGAUGUUGAUAUCAGCAAAAAUUGCUGAUAUCAGGGAUGUUUGAUAUCCAAGACUUUCACCAGAGAUCAAAUUCACUACAAUUGCAUGGCAAGUAGAAUCGACAGCUCUAUUGUGCUUCAGGCUUUGUGUUUUCUGCCAUUUUUCAAUAAUGGAAAAAAAAUGUCUUAUAAUUUUUAGCUGGUGCUAACAUAUCAGGAGACUUGAAAAAACCUGGAUAUGCCAUACCCUUUGGUACCAUUGGUGCAAGUGUUUUUACAUUUAUUUUAUAUUUGCUCCUAGGUGAGUUACAUAUGAAGUUUUUGAAUAGGGUUGUUGUUCUUGUGGUUUUUCCCUGAAAGUUAUUGUUGAUGAUGUCCUGUAAUAUGUUAAAUAAGGGAUUGUUGUGAGUCAAAUAUCUUAAAGUUCAUUCAGUAAUGUUAUCAAUAAUGAAAUGCAACUUCUGAACAUAAAAUUUAGCAGCAGAGCACUAACUAUAAUACUCAUUAAACAUCAAAUAUUAAGAAAAAUGCAUUUAGCUUUCUUGAAUCAAAUGGUUAUUUCUUGAAUUAAAUGGUUAUUGCCAAAAUCAACAAUGAAAGACAUUUCCCUCCACCAGUUAUAGAGUACGUAACUGCCGCAAACAAUUUUUAUUGCAGUGGUUUUUACGAGUGCUACGUGUCCCAGAUCUUUACUACGAAACAAUUACAACUAUCUUAAGGUAACUCUAUGCAUAAAGAUGCAUCUUCUCCACACUGUUCUUCGUACAUUUACUAAGGUGCUGACAAGAAGAAUUUUUUUGCCACGAAAAAGUUUCCUUCCCUGGUGACUAUUUCUUUUAUGCUCAUGACUGUAAUGUGCAAUUCAGGAGAGAUAUUGUAGGGAGAAAUUAGAUGCUAAUCACUCUUAGGAUUUAAAGAGUUUAUUGUCUUGUGGGAAAAGGAAAAAUUUCCAUAGCUUUAGCUUCCCACUGACAAUUAUGGUCACCUCAGUAGUGUAUAGAAGUAGUAACAAUAGUAGAAUGAUGGGUGACUGCUCCUUGUAGUUGACAGUCACAGUAUGGACGCAAUACAAAGCCUUUGACUUGAUCCUGCUGUUUAUUCCCAGGAAAUAAACAAAGUGGAAUGGUUGAUCACUAUGGGAACAUUUGCUGCCACUCUUUCAGCUGCUCUCAGCUGCCUUAUAGGUUGGUAAGCUGGUGCAUUUUGCAUGUUAAACAUGUCAACCUUAUUUUAUCUUUUAUUGUCCAUUGAAGCUUCUUAGUGCAUAGUGCAUGUUGUCAUUUGAUCACAUGAAGUCCAUGCCAUACUUACUCGGUAUUAUCCUUCUAGAAAAUAACAUUUAGAUAAUAAUCUUAAUAUCAAGUAUGGAUAGAAAUAUAUUAUUGUUUCCUUAGGUGCCUCAAGAAUUCUACAAGCUAUUGCUAAAGAUGAUUUACUAGGUAAGCUAGAUGAUUAAAUGUUAUCAACUGUGUUUAUAAUGUGAAAUUGACCACUAAAGAAUUUCAAAGCUGACUCUUCAAGCAUUAGCCCUUCCUUAGAGCAACAAAGCUGCUGGAUAGAAAGUGAAUAUGUAUCUUUCUUACCUUCCCCUGUCCUCCUACCCUUUCUUCCCUACUCACUCAUGGCUUCUUGCUCCCUCCAUCUUCUCUUUACUUCUUGUUUUCUUCUUUCCCUUGCCACUGAUGAUGAAUUUUACAUGCGUACACUUCUUCUUCUACGCCUCCCCUCCUCCCUUGUUACCUCCUCUCUCCUUGUUUGUAUGUGCGCACCUAGUCCCAAAAUGUAUUUUUCUCUUUGUCUCUAACAAUUGAUUGAGAACAUUCUCUGUAAUAACUUUACCCAAAAGGUGUCAUACUACGUCCAUUUAGCAAAGUCACCCGCAGAAAUGGAGAACCUCUAAGAGCUGUUCUAAUGUCAUGGUUCUUUGUUCAGGUAAAACUUUAUUUUGAAUAAGCUCAGGCACUGUAAAGUGAUAAAGGCAGGGUUGUACAGAGAUUUUUUUAGCAGCCAGGCUUAUACAAAGAAAAUGUAGACGGCAGUGAACAAAGGAUUUCUCCAAGGGCGUGAGCAUCUAUGCCACUGGUAUUAGUUCCCUUGUCUUCUUUCCAAUUUUGAUCUAUAGUUUUGUAUAAGGAAAGCAAAGGUUAGUUUUUGUGUCAGAUCAGGACAGAUAUUUUGCUGUUUUGUGUUGCUCAAGUAUCUGGGUGCUUCAUAUACAAGUAGCUGGUGAAAACGUGGGCUGCUGGUGCUUUUGGAGAACAGGUAGCAGAUUGGGAUGGGGGGGUACUUGAUUUGGUACAGGGUGACCAGGUGGUUAAUGCAAGGGAGGGAUGCAAAAAAAAUGGGGGAUGUAGUUGUCAGGGAAAUAGCAGUCUGACUUGUAUGGUUUUCAAGCACUUGCUCCAUCACUAAUUUCCCAAAACGGAGAGAUUAGCACAGCAUGUUGAUCAUAUAUUUUGUCUCUUGUCAAUCUGUAGGUUGUUCUUUUUAUUGGAAACGUCAACAGAGUUGCUUCGCUCGUCAGUAUGUUCUUCCUCCUGUCAUAUGGCAUCACCAACGUGGCCUGCUUUGCACUCAAAGUUGCUUCUGCACCUAACUUUAGGUGAGUAUUACAUUUGUGUGAAAUUCUAAUCAUCUUAUAGAUAAUGGACAUAUGAUGAAAUCAUCUCCUUGAUUUGUUACAGACCAACAUUUCAGUAUUUUUCAUGGCAAUCAGGUGAGAUUUGUUUUGAAUUCAUUUCUUUCCUCAACAGAAAGUUGUGCAGUUGUCUUGUUUUUUCUAGAGUAGGCAAGGUAGCAGAUUGGGAUGGGGGGGUUUGGAGUGGGCAUCAUAUCACUUUCAUAUCAUAUCUUUGAACACCACUCCUUGUGUAUGUACCCCCAUGAAAUAAAAACAUUGCAAAUUCCUGACCCUGUCUUUUUGGUUGUGGAACUUAUAAUAAGUGUUCCAUGGUAGUUAGAUGAUAAAUGGGAUUUUUAUUAGCAUUUAAUCUCUGAUAAAUUUUCUCUCAUUUAUCGAAGCUCUCCUUGGUGCUGUAUUUUGCUUCGUGAUCAUGUUCCUGGUCGAUUACAAAUUGGCUGCUCUUGCAUUUGGUAGGUUAUUGCGAAAUGAUUUCUUUUUUAUGUAGAUACAAUGAAAGGCUAAAUCUGCACAUAAUUCAACGUGGGAGGCCGUUUCCAUUUAGGGAUGCAUCACAUUCAGAUUCUCCGUGAAGCAUCUAGGAAUGUUGCUGAUCAAGUGAACGUGGAUGAAAUGCAAGCAAUAUUUCAGUACAGAUAACCAAUGUGCUGAACGUUUAUCAGGAUAUAUUGAAAUUUGUACCCCUUUGUGGAGACAGAUGCGGUGAGAUAAAAACAACUCAUCCAAGGCCCCAUUUUUUAGUUUUUUUUUUUUCAUAAAAAAAACUCUGUUAGCGUAUAUGGUGGUAUGUUGCUCGCACCAAUCAGAUCGCGGCAUUAGGGUACGUAUCUCGCACUAAUCAGAUUGCCGCAUAAGGGUAUGUAUCUCGCACCAAUCAUAUCAUAGCAUUUGAAUAUCCUGCACCAAUCACAGUGUUUGGGUAUUGUUUUCUUGUAAAUGAUGUCAUGGAUCAAAGAAUGACAUUAACCAGAAACUUUGGGCUCAUUUGAUAAGUGUAAUGGUUUGAAGCCUCCGCGAGAGCCUUGUCGAUUAAGGUCGAGAUUUAUUGGGAUAGGAAGGGUAUGCAUUUAAAAUUUUUAAGUUAAAACGUGUUUUUCCGCUCCUUUACUCGCAAUGCCAACAACGUACAUUCCAUCACGUACCAUGAAAACAACGUCCAAAGUCCAAUCAGAACAUACCUAAUCAUUGUAGUCCUGAGAAGGACUGUCACUACCGACAACAGUCCUUCUCAGGACUACACUCACCCGGACGAUCAAACUACACUAUUACAUGUUAACCCCGGGUUACGCACAGCAGGCAAAGUUCAGAUAGGCAACAACCAAUUAAUGGUUGUUAGCGUAUAUAGUCUGAAUCUUAGCCUGAUUGUUAACUCCAAAUGCAAAACUUCAUGUUUUUAAUCAAUUUUUUUGGUUUUCAGCGCUUAUGGUGAUUUUGUUUGUGGUGAUUUCUCUUCGUACACCUCCCACCCCCUGGGGAGAUGUGUCACAAGCUUUGAUCUACCAUCAGGUAUUAUUUUGAUCCUAAGCAGCAUAAGAAAAGCAUUUUAUUUUGUACAAUUAAGCUCGUUGUUAAUAAGGGUUUUGUGUCUGCAGGUCAGAAAGUACCUACUUCGAUUAGACCUAAGAAAAGACCACGUGAAAUUCUGGAGACCUCAGGUAUUUAAAACCCCAAUUUAAAAUCCAAAUACAGAAUGUUUUAAGGUUCCUGAAUAGUGGACUUAUACGCAAGAAUUUUAAAUUUAGGAUAAGGUUUUCCGUAAAGAAGUAGGAUAAUUAACGUGAACAAUAGAUUGCUGAUCGUAGCAGUGGGCAGGACGUGUGUCGCAUAAAAAGCAAGUAAUAGCUUAGGUGACAGUAGAGUUAUCAGUAGCUCAGGGAAGAGCAUAGGAGGGCAGAAUACUAAGGUCCAGAGUUUGAUUCCUUGUCGGGGGCUGUUUUCUUUUUCUUUUUGUCCCAUGCUUGUGACGAGACAAACAACGUCUUUCCGUGCCUUUUUUAGUCCAGGGCCAAGUUGUAUAAAGGGCGGAUAAUGCUAUCCAACGGAUAAGUGAUAACAAAACGUGUGGCGUGAUCCACCGGAUAGAGAUUCAUCCAGUGGAUAGCGCUAUACAACCUUCGAACAACCAGGGCCUACACUGGCAAGUUUCAUUAAACCUAUGCCACUUACCCCAGAAGUGAUACUAAAAAUUAUAGUAAAUCUCUCCUCAAAUCCAGCAACGAUUUGACAAGAGUAAAGGUACUUAUCAGCUGAAGUAUACUAUCUCAUUACCCCAAAUUCUUUUUAAUUCAAUUGAAAUGAAAUGACGCAGCGAGAAAUUACAAGAAGUUGUGCUUCGUUUCUCUGUCAGGUGCUGUUAUUGGUGUCCAAUCCACGCUCUGGUUACCCCUUGAUAGACUUUGUUAAUGACAUAAAGAAGGUAAAGAAAUGUUCCGUGCUUGAAUCAAUCAAGAAUGGCCAUUUCAAUUUAGAAUGGUUCAGCUGGUUUGGCUUGGAGUUUUGACUUUGAGCGGUUAUGUAAUGGCUUAAUCAAGACCCUGUAAACUCCAACUUAAGAUUUAAAUAGAGAUCAUUCCAUGGAAAGUGUACGCAAACGAUUUUUAUGCACGUGUUGCGAUGCAUCAAGAAAACGAAAGAGUGAGCGCAGCGAGCGAGUGGGUUUUUUAAUGCAUCUCAACGAGUGAAUAAAAAUCGUUCAAGCACUUUCAUUGGUAUGAAGUGUUUAUUUCAUAGAUACUGAGAUAUUUUCUUAUUGAUCGACAUAUUUCAAAGAUUUGAGGCCAUUUCUUUCCCUCUACCGUGAAGUACAAUAGCUCUUGUCUCUGAUUGAUUAGACGAACGAUAUAUUUCAGUUCUCAGUUCGUUCAGUAUGUAUGAAAUAAAUCGUGUUGACUUGUUUGUUAUGAAACCUUAUUAAAAGCCUCAAAUUGUAAUGGGAACAGCUAAGGAAUUGUUAGUGAAUAACUGAAUCGAAUAGUUGUUAGUUCGGGUCUGUCCAAUACUGCAGUGUAGUCAACUUUUUAUGAGCUCCAAGUCUAUAUUAUUGAUGUAGAAAGUACACUGAUUCCUAAUUCAUGGUAACCUCUCUUUCCACCGCUUCUUAUUGAACUAUUUUGCAAAAGUGAUUAAAAGUGUACAACACUGUUUCGUUAAACAAGUAAUUAAUUUCUUUUGUAUAUCCAGGGCGGUCUUUAUAUCCUUGGCCAUGUCCAAGAGGGUGAAUUUGAUGCUCAGGUAAGAAAUUCUUUGUCUGCAGUAUUUGUUAAAUGUACACUGGAUUGAGAAGUCAAAUUUUCAACAGUAGUGAGCAUUGUUUGACACCCUUGGUUGGUAUGUCAUGGAGUUGACUGAAUCACCGACAGAAUGACAAACCAAUGGGGAUACAUUUUUAAAGACACUAUAGUGCUGGUUCGGUGGGUUGGGGAGGGGGGGGGGCUACUUGAAGAUAAUUUGGUUUCAUAAACUGAGUUGGUAAUGUGAAUUGGCCACCGUUAAGAGCUUUUUAAGCUAUUAUUUCGAGAAUUAGCCAUUGCCAUUCGCCCUGACAAAGGUUUGACGUUUGAUAUGUCAACUUUCGAGACUCUUUACGGUGGCCAAUUUACAUCAUCAACUCAGAUGGUAAAACUAACUUAUCCUGACUGAUUAGUUGAGUUGCAAAGUGAAUAGUUGGCUAGUUGGUCAUCAUUAUUGAUUGACUGACUCGCUGAAUGACUGACCACUUGAUUAAUUGACCAAGUGCUUGACUGACUGAUUGGUUGAUUGGUUGAUUGAUUGACUGACCGAUUGAUUGACUACUAUUUUUCUGCUGUGUACAGUUAUUGAGAAGACAAAAGCGCGAACUUACAACCUGGCUAAAUUUCGUUGAUUGUACGGAAAUAAAGGCUUUUGUGGAGCUGACUAUUGCACGAACGAUACGUGCUGGUGCGCGAAACUUACUUAUGGUGAGAAAUUAUCACUUUAAUCAGGUUUGAUUAAUAAUUCCUUUUAGACAGAGUCUUAGCCUUGUGGUUAAUCAUGUGAAAAACAUUCAAGUUACUUUGUCUGCAUUCUUUUGCCCAAAAGUUAUUUAGAUGUUAUUUGUUGAAUUUAAAUUUGAAAAAAUAGAGCAACUGCAAGAGGUCAUGACGCAAUUUUUUAUUUCAAGACCCAAUGUCAUUAGCACUGAAUUAUUUGCUUUGCAAUGUUUCCCACUCCUCCGAAAAUUUUUCGCUUUCUAAGCCAAUUAUAGCUUUCACAUGGAAAGCGCAUUUUGAUUGAAUGUCUAAAAGUGAGCAGAACCAAAGUAAUCACAGAGGCCAAUCUGAGGAAAGGAAAACAUCAUAAGCUGCCAUUGAGGACUCACAGUAAGAACAAGUAAACUGCCGAUAGCGCUGAAAAAUGCUUACGACUAAGACGCAGUUGGUUUAAGUUUUACUUCUGAUUGGUUCAAGAGACGGCGCAAGGUUUCGGACGAUUGGAAAACUAAUGUAACCUUAGUUUGCUAUUGACAUUCAAAUUAUACUGAUCUUAAAACUUUCUGAGUGAUACUGUUUUUCUGUGUGUGUUUUAGGCGUCUGGAUUGGGUGGAAUGAAACCAAACACUCUAAUCUUAGGUAAAAUCAAAAUUAAAGGUGUAACGCUAUUUUAUUGUGAAAACCUUUUGACAAAACCUUUUUGGAGACAACACUUGAAGGAAGAUGAAAAUGAAAGAAACAACAAUACAGGGAAAAGGCCUUACUACCUUAGGUAUUUCCGACCAGAAUUAUCCCACAUAGCAGCAGCUUGUUCCAUUUUCAAUAAAUUUUUAAGUGUUUUCUUCCUUUGGACUAGAUGCCAGUCCAUAUUCUGUAACUCCCACUUCUGCAUUUUGUCCAGCUCACUAGAAAGUUGAGGAAUACCAACAAAUACCCAUUUUGCUCCUGGGUGAAUGUAGUCCUCAACCAGACCUUUAUUAAUAGUGCUGUAUGGCUGGUGUUUCCACGAGAAAACAAGUUGGCGUGCCAAGUGAGCCAGCUAAGACUCGUCCAUCCACAUUAGUCGGUGCUCGCUCUUUAACCUUCGUAUUUGCACUGCUAAUGAUCUGUAAUCCAAUAUGCAAGCCAGAAGGCCUGUGCACUUUUCCACAAAGAAAACGCAACAAACAAUCUAUCAAAGAAAAAUCGGAAUUCACCUUCCUUCCUGCAUUUGUAAACAGGGUUUUACGAUCAUGAGCUCCCUGUGGAGAGUUUUUCUCGUGGAAUCUUCAGGAAACCAAGACUUCCGUUCAUGAGGGUGCAAAAGAAAGGUAAGAAAUGGGAUCGGACAUACUUGUUCCUCUAAACUUCUCUGGAAUGGUCUCUUUUUUUAUAUUUCUUUGUUUCUAUUUUUAUCAUAGAUGAAAUUUACCGCAGUGUACAGUUACAACUCCCACCACUUCGAACACACGUAAGUUAACGAGAAAGUGUAGUCAAGUCUAUGUCGCAAUCACGAAGUUAGUGGUGUGUCUUUGACUUAGAUAACCAUAGCCUUACGUUAAAAUGUAUAAUCCUGACAACUGGCCCUAAUGACGCUCUCGAUAUUAUUGUCUUUUAAAACUUUGUUGUGUGUCUUUCACCCAGCCUGGACAUCAGAAAAUGACAUUAAAGGACUAUGUAGGAAUUAUAAAGGUAGGCAGCUGCUGUGGAAUCUUUAGUGACAAUUUUUUAAGCAUGUAGGGCAGAAACACGUUGUUUUAAAUACCACCAAAAAUAGUCAGCUUACGAUAGCAGAUGGCCGGGGAAUCACAGUUGCCUUAGAGUACUUUUCGAUUGGGGGUCGCAAAAUAAAAACCGAAUUAAUCACGUCGGCCAAUCAGAACUCGGGUAAAUGUCACAAGAAGCCAAUAAGAUAUUGAGGUGAGAACAAGCAAAAUGCCUGAAGUAUGGGAAAACGGGAGUGAUAAAGUCGAGAUUGGUUUUAGUUUUGUAUCUGAUCGGUUGAAAAUGUUUUGCGAGUUUUCAUAUCAAUCUCAAUUACUUUCAUAUCAUAUCAAUCUCAAUUACUUGCAACAUUCAAGUUAAAGUUGAUCUAUAUACUAAAACAAUUCAAUACAAAUCUUCUUCCUCUUUUUUCCUACGUUGACAGGAUGCGGUUUUAAUGGACAAAAAUGUCUGCAUAGCCAGAAAGUAUGUCACGUUAUACUGAAGUAUAUUAUAUAUCUUAGAGCCACUCUACCGAAAAGCCAUUUUCAUUACUUUCUCGUGUGUUUCACUUUUUGCUUAGCACAAUUGGUAAUUGCUCCCAACUAGUGUUUUAGAGGCAUGGACGAGAACCUCGUCGAGUCGUGAAAGUUAAUCUAUGAGGAAAUGCCAGAGCUCAAAUGUUUGCUCCUCUGUUUGCAUUUGGCCUAUUCUUAGUAUAAUUAAAUUUUAAAAAAGAAAACAGAAUGAAUAUUCUUAUCACUAUGGGUGAAUUUUUCAGCUUUGCUCAACUGGACAAGAACGCUCUCGGCAAGGAAGGAUACAUUGGUUGAGUAUAACAUGCUUAUUUUUUUAUUGGUGUUGUUUUUUGUAACAUAGGAAAGUCGUGUUUUUGGAAUCAUGUUGGGUAAUUGUAAGUGAUACCACUCUGUUACCAUCAGGUGUUAAAAACUGUUUUAAGUUGUAUUUAAAGGUUGUUUAACAUGCGCUAACCAUUCAUAGGAAGGACCUCCUUUUAACUAUUGAGGAGGGUCUCAAAAUUAGCCUAUCUAUGAUUUUACAAGUAAAUCCCUCUUCCCCUCCCCCUCUUUUGCCAUUACCGUCAUCUAAACUCUUCGUAGUAGCAGCAGCAGCAGCAGUAGCAAAUACUUCCGUGUAAUACAUUUUCGAUAAUUCUCUAUUCCAUUGCUCAUACUGUACUCAUUUAAGUGUUUCCUUUUUCAGAUGUGUGGCCAAUGAAUACGACAGUGGUGGGAGAAGGUGAGGCCCUGUUGUUAAGUCUUAAGUCUACAAAGGUUAAAAGUAUGUUAACGCCAUACAUAAGGUUUGGAUAAUAGUGUGUGUUUCUUUUCAGUUCUUUACCCCUCCCCUUGGUGCUGCAAGGUUCAUCAAAGAUCCCUUUUAUCUAAAUCCUUUGGUAUUUCAAACCUUUACUACAUCGCUUCAUGUUUGUGUAUUGUAUUUUUGAAUAGUUCGUGAAACGUUUCUUUCACGAAAACUGGUGUCAUCAUCUUAUUCUUCUCCCGUACUCUUUUAUUCUGCCAAAAUUACGGGACAUGGCGGCCAUUCCCUUGCAGUUAUCUUGCAUCCUAGCUCAGUUGAGAGUCCACGUAACCAAGCAGUUGAUUUUUUUGUCUUUAAGCAUUAAAGAAGGUUCUAGGUCCUUAUGAUUUCACGUUCCUCCUAACGCUCCAGUUGAGUUGUGUUCUUCAUAUGGUACCAUUCUGGGAAAAUCGGUCCAAACUUAGAGUCAUGCAGAUCGUGGAGACUGAAGGUAAAUGUACAAUUACAACAUGGUAUGGUCUCCACUAGAUGUAAUAUAACCCAGUCCCAUUAAGAGAAAUUUAACGAUUAGAGCCGAAAAAACCCGGUUUGGUUUUGUUUUACUUUGCUGAGUGAUUGGCCUAGAAAGUUGCGCCAACCCCUCAACCAGUCAAAUGCAACCAAUCAGGGCUCGUUCACACGCGUUUUCCCGCCUUUCAGGUAGUUUACGUGUUUUCACUCUCAUUCCCUAUAGGUUCCUCGAGAUAAUAUACUUUGCUCUUAUUGGCCGUUGGGAUUACUUUUGUUUUGGCCUUACGAUUCUCGAUGGAAAGGCGCUUCAUUGAAAUCGUUGCUUGCAGUGUUUUCCCUAACAUCCCUCGAAACUCUUCUCUUACUUUUAUGGAUAGCAUUAUGGCACCCAUCCAUUCACUCAAAUGAAUCAAACGAACGGAAAAACAUAGAUUUUUAUCAGAUCCAGUGCUAAAGUUUGUCAAGGCAUGGUAAAAACUGUGGGAACUUGUCAAAUCUGUUUCUUUUUAUUUUUUUGUAGAUGAUGAAGGAAACCACCAAACACAGCACAGAACUCUAACAAAUCUUCUCAAAGAACUUAGAAUUCCUGCAGAAGUUCGGGUAAAAAUCUCUGUUCUCUUUGAUUUUUAUUCGCAGUUCCUGAUUAACGUAAUUGUGUCGCUGAUCGGUUCAGUUCAUUACAAGGUUGUCCCUUCGCCUUCUUAUAAAAUUCCUCUAAAUUUAUUGCAGAUCUUUUCUCCUGCCAAAGCUAUAAUUUAAAAAAUGAUACCAAAGGACUCUCUCGGGAGCUCAGAGGGCAAAAAAUGAUUUAGUCUGAAUAGCUGCCAUUUCCCUUGGAGAUCUCCAUAUUCUGUAACAUCAACGAUGCCAUGAUUAAGUUUGUUUGGUUCAUGGUCACCAAAUAGUCAUUUUCUUUCAUAAACGGGUUAUCUUCAAUUAGAAGACAUUUUUAUCACAUACGUACCUUCCUUUUGUUUAUAUCCUAGAUGAUUCACGUUACACAAGAAUCUCUUUCUCUUACAAGAAAUGCUGAUGGACUAGCGGUGAGUUCAUACGAUUUACCUUGCUUUUCCAAAAGAUCAAUCUUCCUGCUGUAAUUUUUCAUCGACAUGACGGCUGGUUUUCAAAACAUCCUACGUUAACAUUCUCCAUAUAACGUAAUUAAUGGGAAAAGUAGAAGCCUGUUGGUAGGUGACUUUUUCAUGCCAGCUGACUGACUCUAGUUAUUUUUCCUGAUAUAGCCCUCUACCAACUGGUAUCGAACAGUGAAUCAGCUCAUUAGAAUUCACUCAACAGACGCAUGUAAGUUUUACGCGUAGGUUUCAUAUCUGAUGCAGUUACCGGUAAUGCAAUGUUACUUAAGUUUAUUAAGAAUUUGAGGUGUAAAUGUGUGUAUCAGUUAUCAUGAAAUAUUCGCAAAGAGCAUUUGUAAGGAUGCGGGAGACUUCAGUUAGAGACUUUGCAUAUAAUUGCCGUCACAUUUAGCGAAUGUGUUUGUGUACUCAUAGUUUUGACACAGUUGAAGAGUGUAGAUUCAUCAUGAAUGUUAUUAAUGUUGCCUUUCUUCCAGUCGUUGUAUUUACUGGUCUUCCCCAUCCUCCUAACGAGGAAAACAUGGCUCAGCAAUUUAUUCAAGACAUAACUGUGCUGUCAGGUAACACUGAAAUCUAAUUUGGCUUAGGGUUUAGUUUAAUGCUGCUGAGCAAUAAAGGAAAAAAACUGCCAAGGGUACAGAUGACUAUUAGACACACUGCCGUGCAGUGACAUUAUUUUCUUUGCCCUUUUCUUGCGAUUCAUUGAUGAAAAUUCUGUGAUCCCUUAGCCAUUCGGUGUUAAAUAGGUCCUUAAGGCGUACAUUUGUCUGUUGCCGAAGUCGUAGUACCUCAAUUGUUGUAACAGACAGUUACUUAAUUUACAGGUAAUAUUCAUUACACAGUUACAAUUAGUGCUUGACUAACUGUUUUAAACUUAUUUUGUUACAGAUAACCUUCCUCCGGUUAUGAUGGUGUACGGAAAAUCAAAAGUAGUGUCAACAUCAUUAUAAACCGCAUCUUACGUCUUACUCAGUACCUCCUGAGAGUGAGAAUAACAACAUCCUAGGUUAUGAUCAAGACUGGGCACUUUACAAAUACUAGGGGAGAUGGGAGGCGCUUUUCUAGCACAGAACACCGGAAAAAUUAUUUUCUUGUUGUCUCUGUUUACAACACUCAUGUGGAUUGGUACUGCAAUAUUUGACAAAGACUGAUUUGAGAAGGAAUAACAGGAUUAGGAAGUAAUUAGCACUGUUCCCUGCUGGGAAAAUACUGGCUUUAAAGGCACUCAAUGACUGUAGAGAAAUUUUGUAGAACAUUUGCAUUUUCUUUCUUUCUGCAGGGUUUUUUAGUUUAUUUGUUCUGUUUUCAAUAAACCUACCUGUAAACAAAGCCAGAUCUUGCAAACAUUUUUAACUUGCUUUUAUGCUAAAGUAUGAAUUAUGUAUUGAAUCAACAUUACUGUAUAGCCUAUAAAGGAAAUAUUCUAUGAUUUAUUUAUACACUGAUUUUGUAGAUGACAGUUGACAAUAUAUAUAUUUGUACGUAUUAAGUUUAGUAGAUAAGUUAUCUGAAAUUGUUGUAAGUGCAUUGCAGUUAUGUUUU